AUGGAUGCAAGUAAGCUGGACGUUGUAGUUACCGAAAAGGUCCACCUUUAUCGCCAAUUCCCUAAACCGAUCUUCUGCAGAGUGAAUCCUUUCAGCUCACUCCUAGGCCUAGGCCGAUUUGGAUGGAUCACUUUAAGAAGGGUGGGUCUAUCAGAGUUUGGAGAGGCUGCAGCCUUCCUCAGAACAAGUGAGGCUGAGCUGCUUUUGCUCCAGGUUUUGCCCUUGAUGCUAAGACGUACAUGCUGGACACGUGAUGACAAGAACGCUUACGUUGAGGCCAAGGUUAAAGGGAGUGGCGAUGAUGGCAAAAUAAUUGUUGAGACAGCAGAUGGACAGAGUCUGUGUGUCAAGGAGGGAAUCCAGCAGAGGAAUCCUCCAAAGUUUGAAGUGAUUGAAGACGUGGCAAUACUGACCCACCUCAACGAAGCACCUGUGCUGCAGACCCUGAAGAGGCGCUAUGACCACUGGAUAAUCUAUGCAUAUUUGGGUCUCUUUUGUGUGAGCAUAAACCCUUACAAACGGCUUCCAGUGUAUCAGAAAGAAGUCGUGGCUGCUUACAAAGGGAAGAGAUCAGAGGCUCCCCCGCACAUUUUCGCUGUUGCCAAUACGGCCUUUCAGGAUAUGCUUCACAAUCGAGAGAAUCAGUCUAUACUUAAUAACAUUUUAUCACCAAAUCUGGAAGCAGCUUUGGCUACUGGUUAUCAAAGCAAAAAUGGGUUUGACUUGGGGAUGGAGGGCUUGCCACAUUACAGAAUUCUGCUAAAAUCUUCAUCAGCUGUACUUCUCUUACCUGUGUCUCCGGGGACUUUAGAAGAGCAAAUCAAGCAAGUCAGUCUAAUCCUGGAAGCAUUUGGAAAUGCCAAAACCCUGAGAAAUGACAACUCCUCUUGUUUUAGCAAAUUCAUCAGGAUGCACUUUUGUGCCAGAGGCAAGCUGUCAUCUGCAGACACUGACAUCUAUUUGCUUGAAAAGUCCCAGGUGAUUUUCCAGAAACCUGGAGAGAGGAAAUACUACAUAUUCUAUCAAAUUCUGUCUGGAAAGAAAGAACACGAUAUGCUCCUGGUAUCUGAAAAUCCUUCUGACUUUCACUUUUGCUCUCAUGGAGUAGGUGUUGUGGAGUGCUCGGAUGGUGCUGAAGAAUUGCUGGCCACAGAUCAAGCCACGGACAUCUUGGGCUUUUUUCCUGAAGAGAAGCAUGGAUCCUAUAAACUCAAUGCAGUGAUCAUGCACUUUGGAAACAUGAAAUUUAAACAGACACCCAGAGAAGAGCAAGUGGAAGCAGAUGGCACAGAAAGUGCUGACAAAGCUGCUUUCCUCCUGGGCAUUAAAUCCUCUGAGUGGGUGAAGGGCUUGAUCCAUCCUAGAAUCAAAGUUGGUAAUGAAUAUGUUACUAGAGCUCAAACUGUAGAACAGGUAAGGUGUGCUGUCGGUGCCCUGUCCAAGUCAAUAUAUGAAAGGAUGUUUAAGUGGCCGGUGGCACGUAUCAACAGGGCCCUGGAUGCCAAGCUGUCAGGGCAAUUCUUCAUUGGCAUUCUUGACAUCACUGGUUUUGAAAUCCUCGAUCAUAACAGCCUUGAGCAACUUUGCAUUAACUCCAAUGAAAAACUACAACAGUUCUUCAAUGAGCACGUGUUUGUUUUGGAGCAAGAGGAAUACAGGAAAGAAGGCAUUGACUGAGCGUCCCUUGACUUUGGUCUGGAUCUGCAAGCCUGCAUAGAUCUUGUUGAGAAGCCAAUGGGAAUCUUUUCCAUCCUUGAAGAGGAAUGUAUGUGUCCUCAGGCUACAGAUGUGACUUUCGAGACCAAACUCUUUGACAACCAUUUUGAAAGGUCAGUUUAUUUCCAGAAGCCUAAGCCUGAUAAGAAGGAAUAGGAAGCUCACUUUGAACCUGGCCAUUAUGCAGGAGUGCCUUAGAGCAUCAGUGGCUGGGUUGACAAGAACAAAGACCUUCUUAAUGAAACAGGGGUGGCUGUAUUUCAGAAGUCAUCUAACAGACUCCUGGCAAACCUUUUUGAAAAUUACAUCAGUACAGACAGUGCUAUUGUUUUGGGAAGAAAAAAACGCAAGAAAGUAGCUUCAUUCCGAACGGUUGCAUCUCUGCAUAAAGAAAAUCUAAGUAAAUUGAUGACUAACCUGAAAUCAACAGCACCCCAUUUUGUGAGAUGCAUAAAUCCUAAUGUAAACAAAAUGCCAGGUAUAAUGGACCCUUACUUGGUUCUACAGCAACUGCACUGUAAUGGUGCCUUGGAAGGGAUUAGAAUAUGCCGUGAAGGUUUUCCAAACCAACUACUGUAUGCUGAUGUUAAACAAAGGUACUGCAUUCUGAACCUGAAGGCCUGUCCAAGGAGCAAGUUUAUGAGCAGCAGAAAAGCAGCUGAAGAAUUACUUGGCUCCUUGGAGAUAGACCAUACCCAGUACCGCUUGGGAAUCACCAAGAUGUUUUCAAAAGCUGGCUUUCUGGGCCAACUGGAAGCAAUGAAAGAUGAAAGACUAUCUAAAGUCUUCCCAUUGUUCCAAGCCAGAGGACCGGGCAAACUGAUGCAAAUCAAAUUCCAGAGGAUUCUGGCAGAGAGGGACAUACUUCUUUUGAUCCAGUGGAAUAUAAGAGCUUUCAUGGCUGUGAAGGACUGGCCCUGGAUGAGGCUUUUCUUCAAGAUCAAGCCUCUUGUUAAAUCUGCCAGGAUGGGAAAGGAGGUAGUUGGGCUGAAGGAAGAAUGUGUGCAACUGCAAACAGCCUUGGAGAAAUCCAAAUCUAAGAAGGAGGAACUGAAAGCAAAGCAAGUCUCCCUUAUUUGGGAAAAGAAUGACCUGCUUCUUCAGCUGCAGGCUGUGAAGCAAGAGACCCUGGCAAAUGUUGAAGAGCAGUGCGAAUCGCUGAUUAAAUCCAAGAUCCAGCUGGAGGCCAAAGUCAAGGCGCUGUCUGUGUGGGUGGAGGAAGAAGAGGAGAUAAAUUCUGAGCUGACUGCCAGGGGGCGGAAACUCGAAGAUGAAUGUUCUGAGUUGAAGAAAGAAAUCGAUGACCUGGAAACAAUAUUCGCGAAGUCAGAGAAGGAGAAGCAUGCUGCAGAGCACAGGGUCAAGAACUUGACUGAGGAAGUAGAGUCUCUAAAUCAGGAUAUCAGCAACCUGAACAGAACGGCCACUUUGCAGGAGGCCCAUCGGCAGACCCGAGAUGACCUGAACACAGAGGAGGAGAAACUCAGCAACCUGAGCAAAGCCAAGUUGAAACUGGAACAGCAUGUGGAUCAUCUGGAGGGUGCCCUUGAGCAGGAGAGAAAAGCGAAAAUGAACUGUGAACGGGAAAAGCUCAAACUGGAGGGCGAGUUAAAGCUGAACCAGGAGAGUUUGGCAUAUCUGGAGAGCAGCCAGCUGCAGCUUGCUGAAAAGCUGAGAAAAAAAGAAUUAGAAACAAGUCAGAUGAACUCCAAGGGGGAGAAGGAGAAAGAUCUGGUGGCUCAGCUUCAGAAGAUGGUUAAAGAGUUUCAGAUAAUCAUUUAUCAAACACCUACUCAAAUACAAUAUUUGAAAGAGGAACUGGAAGCUGAAAGGACCACUCGAGCCAAGGUGGAGAGGGAGAGAGCUGACCUCACCCAAGAACAAGACUUGAAUAAAAGGCUGGAGGAGACAGGAGGGGCUAGUUUGACUAAGCUGGAGAUAACUAAGAAACAGGAAACAAAAUUCCAGAAGCUUUGCUGAGAUAUGGAAGAGGCCACACUGCACUUUGCAACUUCUGCCUCUUUGAAGAAGAGACAUGCAGACAGCCUGGCUGAGCUUGAAGGCCAGGUAGAAGAUCUACAACAGGUCAAGCAGAAAUUGGGAAAAGACAAGAGUGACUUGCAGCUAGAAAUGGAUGACCUUCUGAGCCAUGUUGAGCAGAUGACCCGAGCUAAGGCUGAUGCUGAGAAGCUCUGUAAUCUGUAUAAAGAGCACUUGAAUGAAGCAAAUGUAAAACUGGAUGAAAUGACUCAGUUGGCAAAUGACCUGACAGCACAGAAGACAAAGCUAUGGAGUGAGAAUGGCGAGUUCCUAAGGAGGCUGGAAGAAAAGGAGGCUCUGAUAAACCAAGUUUCCAGGGAGAAGAGCACUUUCACUCAGCAAACUGAAGAACUGAAAGGGCAGCUGGAAGAGAAGACCAAGUCCCAGAGUGCCCUGGCCCAGGCCCUGCAGUCAGCCAAGUGUGACUGUGACCUUCUACAAUCUGAGAGCAAUGAGGAAGAGUAAGAGGCCAAGGCUGAGCUGCACUGGGCCCUCCCCAAAGGCAAUGCCGAAAUGGUGCAGUGGAGAAUGAAGUAUGAAGACGAUGCCAUCCAGAGAGCUGAAGACGUGGGGGAUGCCAAGAAGAAGCUGGCAAUUAGGUUGCAGGAUGCUGCGGAAGCCAUGGGGGUGGCCAAUGUCAGAAAUACCUCCCCAGAGAGGGCCAGGCACCAGCUGCAGCUUGAGCUGGGGGACGCCCUGUUGGACCUUGGAAAGGCCUGCUCUGUGGCAGCCGCACUGGAGCAGAAGCAGCGACACGUUGUUAAGAGCCUGGAGGACUGGAGGCAGAGGCUUGAGGAGUCCCAGGCGAUGCUGGACGCCUCAGAAGGAGGCCGGGACCUCAGCACCCAGCUCCUCAGGCUCAGGCAUGCCUAUGAGGAGAGCACCAGGAGCCAGGAGACCCUCCAAAGGGGGAAAAAGAACCUUGAAGAAGAGAUUCCUAAUCUGACAAAUCAGGUGAGAGAAGGAAACAAGAACUUUGAAAUGGAAAAGGUCGAGAAAUGAAUUGAACAAGAGAUCCAGGUGGCACUGGAAGAAGCAGAGGGAGCUCUGGAACGUAAUGAAAGCAAGAUUCUUCGUUUCCAGUUUGAACUCUUGGAAACUAAAGCGGAACUUGAAAGAAAGCUUUCACAGAAAGAUAAAGAAAUAGAAACUUUUAGGAGGAACCAGCAGUGUGCUAUUGACUCCCUGCAGUGUCAUCUGGAUUCUGACACUAGGAGCGGGAUUGAGGCUACCCAGCUGAAGAAGAACAUGGAAGGGGACCCUAGUGAGAUGGAACUCUGCUUAGCUUGCAACCGGCAGGUGUCAGAGGUCACCAAAUCCCUGGGUCAGCUUCAGACACAAAUCAAGGACCUUCGGGUGCAGCUAGAUGACAGCACACACCUGAACAGUGAGCUGAAGGAGCAGGUGGCUAUGGCUGAGCAUCGCAACUCUCUGCUCCAGUCGGAACUAGAGGAACUGAGGUCCUUGCAAGAGCAGGCAGCACAUGGGCGCAAGCUGGCGGAGGAUGAGCUUGAAGUCACAGAAAGAAUCAAUGUUUUCCAUACCCAGAAUACAAGUCGGCUCAGCCAGAAGGAGAAACUGGAGGUUGACGUUGUCAGGAUGCAGAAGGAAGUUGAAGACGCAGUGCAGGGGUUUCGAAAUGCAGAAGAGAAGGCCAAGAAGACAGCCACUGAGGUGGGUCCAUUGACUGCUUGCUCACUCCUGACCUCCAGAGUUGACUGGAGCAGUAGCAAACAUGUCAGAGAACUAAAGAAGGAGCAAGAUACCAAUGCCCACUUGGAAAGGAUGAAAAAGAAUAUGGUGCAGACAAUUAAAGACUUACAGAAAAGGCUGGAUGAAGCUGAACAGACAGCCCUGAUGGAGAGUAGAAAGCAAAUCCAGAAACUAGAAUCUAGGGGUCGGGAACUGGAAGGGGAGCUGGAGAGUGAAAUCUGUCGCAGUGCAGAGGCACAGAGGGGAGCCUGCCAACUUGAGUGAUGCCUCAAAGAGCUGACCUCUCAGGCAGAGGAAGACAAGAAAAAUCUGACCAGGAUGCAGACUCUGAUGGAUAAUCUUCAGCUAAAAGUGCAAAGUUACAAGCAGCAAAUUGAGGCAGUGGAAGCACAAGCCAAUCAAUAUCUUACUAAGCAUAAGAAGCAGCAACAUGAGUUGAACGAAGCUAAGGAAAGGGCAGAGAUAGCAGAAUCUCACGUCAAUAAACUCAAGAUUAAAGCAAAAGAGUCUGGAAAACAAGGUAUGUCAGACAUUCAACUCUAUUCUAACUUAAAGCUUGUGUAUUUAGGGCUCAUGACAUGACAUGGAGCAGUAUAAUAAGAAAUUUCUUGUUUUUCUCUUUAAAGGUUUUUAAAAAACAAGCUCUAAUAAAAUCUUCCCAUAUUUACUAAAUUCUCCUUGUCCCGGUAGUAGAAACUCCUAGGUAUUUGAGUGGGAUGCACACUGUAUUUAUACUUCUCAAAUGCUAGGUUAAUUCUAGAUUAACUUGCAGACUCUGAGCUCCAGGGACUAGAUUCAUUUGCAUAGAAUAGUCAGGAGCUCAGGGAGUAAAGCUGCUUUAAAAAGCACAGAUGGAUCUGCUUGAAAUUCUAAGUGAAGUGUUUCUAUGGUAGACAAGUACUUGACUUUGUACCACAUCAACAUAGAAACCUGGGAGCACAAGUUUAAAAUUGAGGCAGUGAAGGACCACAAAUGCAAGAGUCCUGCUUUCUAGUUUUCUGCCCUACAACACAGAGAAAGGAACUUUCUACAUUUCUGUGGUCCAUGAAACUGCUGUUCUAAUCCAAUAGUAGAGGCUAUGACCCUUAUUUUGCUGGCAAAGGGACAGAGUGACAAAGAACACCGAACGGGAGGCUUGGCAGGGUCAGUGUCUUAUUCUCUUCUGGCUGCUGUAACAGAAUACCUGAGACUGGUUGUCUUAUAAACAGCAACCAUUGGUUUCUCACAGGUCUGGAGGCUGGGAAAUCCAGGAACACGGCGCUGGUAGGUUGAAUACCUGGUGUGAGGGCCACUUCCUCAUAGGUGGGCUUCUCACUCUAACCUCACACAGUAGAAAGGGGGAACGAAGCUCUCUGGGGUUUUCUUUCUUUAAAUAAGGGUACUAAUACCAUUCAUGAGAUCCCCAACCUCAUGACCUAAUCACUUCCUAAAGGCCCCACCUAAUACCAUCACCGUGGGUGUUAGGAUUUUAACAUAUGAAUUUGUGGGGGACAUAAAUAGUCAAGGCCAUAGUAGUCAGGGUAACCUCAACUUCCUCACUGAGAUUCUCCCACGAACACAUAGUUUUUGAAUGAGAUCUGGCUUUAGGGGAAGCUAGGAAUUAAAGAUUGGAUGCCCUUCCUAGAAUGCCUGGAAAGGACUUAGCACACUGCCUAGCACAGAUCCGCGCCAUCAUUGCAUUUUUUAAAAAUUUGCUAUAUGCCUGGGCCUCUUAUUAUAAAUGAGUUACUCAUAACCCUGCAAAAAAAGCUGAUAGCGUUGCCAAUAGCAAAUGCUCCUUGAAGGGAGGUCCAAAGGAUCUCUUUUACAGGAGAGACUAAAAGUUGGUAUGCCGAAUAUAUUUAGAUCUAAAUAUGAGAAGCAUGAGUCAUCGGCAAACUCCAGAGACUUCUUCCUGAUGCCUACAUGGCUGCCUCAGGGAUGAGGCCUAUGUGGAGAGGUCCAGCUAAGCGGUUUGAACUCUGGCCUCAAUUGGAGAAGGUUAUGGCAUUGGAUUUGGGGUCUGCUGUGCACGGCCUGCCCAGCAACCCCAUAUAAUGGAUUGUUUAGGGAACUGCUUCAUAUGUGUUACAAUUGCCCUCAGCUGCAGGAGGUUGAAGGGCCUCCAAAACAGAUGUAAAGUAUUAGACUUUGUCACAGUCAUUUCCAACAAAGAAUAAAAUGAGCAAAGCAGAAAUUGCUUCUGAGAGGCCAGAGAUGAAUAGGAAAAGUGUCCUUGGCAGUGCAGUGACUAAUUGUUUCCCAUUCACAGAAGGAAAGCCUGAAAAUUUCUCAACUGCCAUAAAGCAGAGAAAACGGUUUCCUGAUAGAAAUGUGUGUCAAGGCUGUGGAACAAAUUGGUGAUUUGGCUACAGAGACUUUCCCUCAUAGGGUCUUCUGUAGAGGGCGCCGCCUGCACUGGCAAGACAAGGCUCGUGAAGAAUAAGCAGCCCUUGCUUAUUAAAGACAGCGGCUGGAGAAGCACAAGGAGGAUUCCAUUUUAUGACCAAAAAGUUAAGUUACAUUUGAAACAAACACUGAUAACAAACAAACAAAAACCAUGUUGCUGUGGUGUGAAAAGCAGUUUAAACAAGGCGAUUAGAAAAAUGUAAUAACUAAAGAGAAUAUCCUUGCUUCCAAGGUUAAUGGGGAUUUUUCGGUCCUCAAAUACAAGUCAACAUGUCACAUGAAAGAUUAAAUAGAUGCAAGGACCUUUUAAAUUCUGAAGUUAACAAAUGAAUGAAUACUUGUUCUUUGUCAUAUUGCCUCUUAAUGAGUAACAUUCAUAGAAUACAUCCAGUUACAGUCUAUGAGGACGAGAGCAUGUUGGUAAACGGUUAUUACUGAAGUUAUGGACUUUGCUUGACUCAUCCCUCAUCCAUGAGUCUGUGUUUUUAGCCACUAAUGGUGAGAGUUGAUCAGCUUUUCUCUUAGCACUGUGAUUUACAUAGUGUCACAGUUAAGCACUUUGAACUUGUAAGUAAAAUCUUCCUAAUCCGAACACAUGUAGGCUACGUGCUGGUGCAGACUUUAAACACUGAAGCAGCUUCUCACACAGAUGUUCAGGUAAUGAUACGUGGUAUUAGGGCUUGGAAUUGUGCCAGUUUCCCUAAGCUAGAAGUGCUUUUCCCAGAAUUCCUUUCUCUGUGUGGUUCUGGAUUAGAGUUGGUCACAGGAGCAAUUUGUACCAGAUCUGAGAGAGAAAAAUGAAGGAGCAGCUGUUUAUUUUGUUCUCAUAAGGUCAGUGGACAGUCC